GACCAUACAUACCAAAGGGUGUGGGUGAAUGUACAUCUAUCUGCAGAACGAUUGGAGACUAUACAUUCAUGUACAUUGUGUAAGCAACAUUCUUGUUCAAAAGUAUGGCGACACGAGGCCUUCAUGAUCUGCAUGCACUGUGGGGGAUAUCGCUGACUUACUGAAAGAUUGAUCGCACAGCUGGGGUGGAGGUUACAACAAGCUAGUUAAAUCACAAUGGGCGUUGUUGUGUCGUCCCCAGUUCACCCAUCUGAAAACGUACUCGUCGAUCUUGACGUUGCACUGGGAAAGGACCAAACAAUCGAGGACAACAGAAAGGAAACCAUAGGUGUGCUGAGACGUUUGCCCAAUCUCAAGAAUGUUACCGAGAGGGAUGUGGUGGACACUUGCGUCCUUCUUCAAGAGGCAAAAGAAAAGAAGGUUCAAGUAGCGCAAGGAACAGGCUCUAUACCCAACAAAUUGACGCAGAAAGAGAUAGAUGACCAGAUACGUAUUUACAACACCGAGAGGGUGUGUGUAGUCAUUGAUCAUAGGAUCAGAAGAUUCUAUGAGGACGACUCCUGGAUUACGGGACUAACAUCUGGAAAAAUAAAAAACGUGGAAGUGGGCACUCAUGAACUGAAUUUUGCUCAAGAAUACAUGGACGAAUUCCGGAAAAAGAGAACUGAAAAGCAAGACAAGGAAAAGACUAAGAACCUCGCGAACAUCUUCUGUCGACGACUGAACAUCCAAGAAAUCCAAGAUGCUAUUAAUCAUGUGAACAGAUACCAGUCGGUUGUCAGGGUGAUGAGGUCUGCAACAUCCAAAGAACUAAGGGCAUCAAUGAAGAUCAAAUAUUUCGACUUAAACGAAGUCGUGAAAGGAAAGAAGGAAGAAACGUUUGUCGCUUAUCACAAAUUAUUGACACAGAGCAAGGACGAAGGGGAGAAGAGAGCUGUGUAUGUAAAGGUUGCAGGAAAUGACAAUGUAACUGGUGAAGACAUUGAACAGUGUCUCAAAGAGAUCAAAAGAAUAAUCACGCAUCAUGCUGCUAUCUUGAAGAUCAAUCAAGUUAUAUCAAUACGAAAGGCGGACACGAAGAACAUCAUGUCUGCUUUACAGCAUCAGAAUGCUGAGCUAGAAUUACCUUCAGAAGAAACAGAUGAAGACUCUGACAGGGAGAGAGAAUACCAGAUACUACUGUACGAGGCUUACACAGAUAAGGCAGUCGGUAAAGCAGAUAUCAGAAUGGAGAAAGAUGACAUCCAAAGAGUCCUAUUAAGUCGGGAUAUACUUAAGAAAAUAGACCUGCUAAAGGACGACCAGAAGGAUGAUACGUGUUUCUUGUUAGAAAGCCUCAGAAAAGAUGAAAUGAACAUUUGUGAAUAUCUUGAAGACGAAAUGGACGAAUCUGAUGAGUGGAGCCUCGCAUCGUUAAUUUUUGAUGAGCGUGACAACAAAAAAACGGGGACCACCGAUGAGAAGAGAUGCAAAUUCCUGACACGACAAGAAAUAAAGGGCAUUGUCAAAGAAUUCAAGGCAGUUUGGGAUAUACAGAAAGGAAAUCCACAGGAAUUGCAAAAACAUUGGGAUACAGUGCUCCGCGAUGCCAACGUUCUUCCAGAUGGCACAAAGAGCCAGAAAGAAGCAGAAUUUGAAAAGUUAGAGGGCUAUCGUAAGCUGUUCAAAGACGAAGUUGAACAUCAGCAAGGGAAAAAGGUUCUCCCAAAGGCGAAACGUGGAUUUGAAAAUCUUCUGAGACGGAAAGAUGUUCAACGCAUAAUGUUUGAGUUGUACCCUGCCAUCAUCUCCAUCAAUAAAGUCAUAGAAUUGUUCAUCGAUGCCAAAACGCAAGGAAAGAAUGAACAGCAGGACAAGGUUAAGGAUAGGCAGAGGAGGAAGUUAAUCGAUGAUCUCGAGAAGAAAUGUCUCAAAGCCAUAAGUGAAAAGUCCGCCAAUCUGGUGGAAGGAAUCCUUGUAGACAACAAGAACAAAGGCUUUUUGACAUUGCUCUCUGGAAAAAGAGAAGGAAACAAACAAGAAAAAAGGAACCAAAAAGACCAGGUUGCUGAAGACAAGUGUUUCAAAGAGCGGUUGACAUGGAAGGAAAUGCGGGAAACUCUUUCUGAUAUGAAAGACUUGGAAUGUUUUGUGGUGAAGAUUAUCUCCAGGAAAGUAACUGAUACCGAAUGUCUUGAUUAUUAUAAAAAGGAAUUAAAAGAAAAGGCAGAUAUGAUGAAAUAUUACCGAUACAGAAGUGAGGGAGGGAAUAAAGAUGGACAUGAAGGGGAAAACUAUGAAGAACUUUGGGGCCACACAAUUCUACAUCUGGCAGUGUGCUUUGACAAAACAGAAACAGCUUCAGCUAUUUUACAAGGUACUCCGGAUCUUAUCAACACUGACAUUGGAACAUGGCCUGAUAAUAAGGACACAUAUAAAGGACUGACACCCUUCCACAUUGCAGUGGCCCAUGGUCAGGUUGACCUGGUAAAACGCAUGCUGAAAAGGUUUGGGAGGAAGAAAGCUGACAGGAUUGGUCAAAGGAUGAAUGGAACAGUGUUCAUGGGCCAGUUGCCGUUUCACACGGCUGUCCUGUGUUACUUGAACGACCCUAACAAAGACGAUACAUGCAGGGACCCAGAAAAUAGAUUUGUGAAGAUUAUCCAAUUGCUUGUGGAAAAAGAUGACGUUUUUGAAGAGCAAAACUACAGAGGAGAUACAGUUCUUCACAGCAUCAUGCGAUUUGUAAGAUGUUUUCCUUCGCUGGAGCGACGUACAGUAGACAUGAUGUCAUGGUUGGAGUCCUUAAUGGAUAAAAGAGCAAUGGAUGCUGGUGAAGAUGUUAUUGACUGUAAAAGAAAACUAUUUUUUGCAAAAAACAAAACUCACAUGACAGCACUUCAACUUGCAACAGAAAGCGGUCACAUUAAUCUGUUUGCCUACUUUAUGAAAGUUAAAGGAGUGUAUCUCAUUGAAUAUCCCCAUGAUAACAUCUAUGAGAUACGACGAUGUGAUGUGACUGAGAUGGACAAGAUUGCUUUGAUCACAGCUCAACGAUAUCCAACACAGACGCGAAGAAACGAUCAAACUGCCCCAGAUGAAUCUAGAGAUGUUGGUUCCAGUUACGGAGAUCUUGAUGACGAAAAAGGUCAACCAGAAAUCUGCAAAUCUUCUUUUAGUAACUUCAGAAACCAAUCUGUUGCUGAACUUCUCUGCUGUCAGAAUCUACCAGUCGCAACUGAACUGGUUCGCGCAGACGUGUUUGAAGAAAUGGUCCGGCGCAAACUGAAUACAUAUUGGGUUCCCUUUUGGAUUCUGAGUGUAUUCCACGUCUCUCUGAUUUGUUUGUUGUGUGUGUAUGUCGUUGCGAGGGCUGGUGCUAUAGAAGGCAUAUCCUGGGCACCACGAGGAUUUCUUGAAUUCUGUAACAUUGUUACAUUUCUCUGUUCAAUUCUGUACUUUGUACAGGAAUUCCCACUUCGGUAUUGUUUUGCAAAACAACCAUUUGCAUGGGCAGCGGUACAUCACAACGUCGUCUACCGGGUCUUCUUUGUCCUGUUUGCUGUUUGCUUGUUUGCCGAUUCGAUAUUGUAUAGGAUACCCAAUUCAGUGUUUGUUGACUACAAAACCACUUUUCUGAUUUUGGCUAUAGUUGUAGGGACAUGGCCAAUAUUGUUCUUUCUGCGUAUUAGCAGACGCUUCAGCUUGUAUAUUGUACUACUGAAUGAGGCGUUGUUUAAAACUGUGGUGCCAUUUGCCGUUCUCAUCCUCAUGCAGGUGUUUGUGUUCUCGGCGUGUAUGCAUGCAACAUUUCUACACAAUGAACAAAAUAGCAGUGUUCUGGAGGAGUUUCACAAUACGGCAUGUCUUUACUAACCAUGGGUAAACUGAUGAUUGGUUUAACAGAAAUUGACCAACUAUUGAAAUCCCGUGAAGAUGGGAUAAUAGUAUUUCUGUUUGGUGUGUUCAUACUGCUCACGUUUCUGCUGAUGAUCAAUGCCCUCAUUGGUGUGAUGACCAAUCGAUUCCAUGAUACACAAACGAACACUGAAAUGGUUUGGCGGUUACAAAAGUUGUCAAUUAUCAUCUUCAUUGAAGGUUGGUUUUGUGGUUGGACUUCAAAACUGAAAUUCCCGAGACUUGGUGAUGAUCCUGAAGACCAUACAGAUGAAGCCUUUCCAUUAAAUAUUGAUGGAUACACUACAAAGAGAUUUGUUAUGUCUUACAGGAAGGUUCGAAGUGCGACCGCAGAUAAUCCAGGAAAUGCAGAACAUAUUCUAAGAAAACAGGUGAAAAAGAGUGAGGAACUUAAUGUUAAAAUUGACAGGUUAUUAGAUUUGCAAGAAUCAAAGAGUUAUGAUGGAACCAGAGCUUUGCAAAUUUAUCAUUACAAGUACUAGUUAAUGGGGUAGCGCAUGUAUUCGUGUGUGUUGGUAUUCAUAACUGGGAUUCUGAUCCAUAAUCAUACGUUUCUGGCGUGCCCAAGGGACGCGACUCUGCACAGCGAAUCGCAGCGCCUUAGACGGCUGGGCCACCCGUGCCCCUAGACACAAUGACCAGACACAUCGUUUGAGUGCAGUUGAUUAGUAAAAGUAUAUGUAAGAAAUUGUUCCUGUUUAUACAGUUAUAACCAUCUUUUAAUAUCAGGUUCAUGUGUUCAGACACAAACUAAUGUGUAAUUUACUAUAUAAAACAUAAACUAUUAUAGAUCUCUUUUAACACGCACAUUUUUAUUAGUUUUAAUCCCAACAGGGCAUAUAUACAGCUGGAUUGGUCGUGACACACACUUUCUGUUUGAUUUUGGUAAUUGAUUAAAACCUCACGGCACGUUCUGUCUAAGUGAUGUCGAGUCCAAAGUAAAAUGGACAAAGUAGUAAAAUAUGAUAUUCCCGACCCAAUAUUGAUAUAUUUGCAGAGUAAUGUAUCACCUAUCUUCUCUUUGGACUAGGAAACUUCUAAAUGUGCAAGGCUUACACAUGUAUAUACUUCUAAUGUAAACAUCUUCAUUAGGAAAGUUUUAUAAUUGGAGAUGCCAUCUUUGAAAAUGUUGGUUCUCACCAUUACCUUGGCGUUUCAUAUAGUCGCAAUUGUACACUCGACUCUGCUUUAUACAGAGAUUUCUAUUUGAUAUGGAAAAGGUUUUGUCGAUUUAUUUAGCUUGUUAACCUAGUUAAAGGCAGAAUGAUGUGAAAUUGUCUCUGGUUAUUUACAAACCAAUUUUUAAUGACCACUUUCUUUUAAUCGUAUGACCAUGAAUGGAUAAUCCGCAUUAAGAGAACAUUCGAUAAUCUUGGGUUAAGCCACAUUUGGACAGCACAGAAAUUCAAAAAUAUCCAUUGGCUAAAAAUUGUCAUCAAAACUAAAUUGAAUGAUAUUCAUCAGCAAAUAUGGGCAUCUUCUGUAAAAAAUAACUCUUCUGGAAUUACUUAUAACAUUGUUAAAAAACUUCAUUUUGAAUCGUAUCUAAGUAUUCUGCAAGAGAAUAACUGGAAUAUAUUACUUACAUUUAGAACCUCAGAUCAUUAUCUCCCAGUUGAGACAGGUAAAUUGAACAAAAUCCCAUUAAUUGAAAGAAAGUGUAGUUCAUGUCACCUUACAUAUGUCGGUGAUCAAUUUCAUUAUCUUUUUAUUUGUCCAAACUUCGAAACUGAUAGGAGAAAGCUUAUUCAAAAACAUUUUUACUCAAAACCAAAUAUAUAAAAAUGAAUAUUCUUUUCGAUAAUCAUAAAGCAGGAACAAAAAGGAAACUCUCUAUUUCUGUAAGAUUAUGUCUGCCUUUAGAAAGUAGGUGUGUUUAUUUCAUGUCAGUAGCUAACAAUCUUUACUGUUUGACUUGUACCUAAUCGUUCCUUUCUUUCUCUUUUUUGAUUAAAGGUGUUACAACCCCAAGUUCAACAUCAAUGUUUACACUGUAUAUACCACGCACAUAUAAUAUGAUGCAGAUUGCAGCCUGGGUGUAAAAAACUUCAGUUCAGUCGAUAUAUUGUCAAAGUGGUGAUUUAGCUUCUCUCAUUUUAUUACUGUAUCCUUUAUAAUGUCGUCCAUUGAUACAAUUAGCGGAUAGUAAUAAAACUGUGAACUUU